GUUCAGCAGAACAUAAUAGUUUUGCAACCAUUUUAUGAUUGCCUGCUGAGAUAAACCAUUCCUUUUGAUCUAAAAGCAUAACCCAAUCAGUGAAGAAAACUUUCAACAGUUGCAAAAUAAACGUUCUGUUGAACACAGUCAUAAUUCAUGAUAACAUAUGACACUAAGAGAUGAUAAACAAGGUCAUAGAUAUCAUGUAAAAAUUGCUAAACUCAUAUAAAAUUAUGCUUAGUAAAGUUAAACACAGAUAUACCUAGACAUGAUAGCAGGAGUGAUCAAUAAGAGUGACAAAUAAUCUACAAUAUGGCAGCUUUAACAUCAACUAAAAGAGCUUUACGAAAAGAAAUUAAGGAAAUUCUUAAAAAUAUUAGUUCAGAAGAAAGAAAGAAGGAAUCUGUAAAUGUGUUUAAAAAGUUAUGCCAGUUAAAACAAUAUCAAAAUAGCAAGAGAAUUUCUUUGUAUUUGAGUACUAAAGAUGAAAUCGACACUUUGCCCAUCUUGAAACAUAUACUUGAUAUGGGAAAAGAGGCAUUUGUACCACAAUAUCAUGGAAAAAUUAUGGAAAUGGUAAAACUAAGGUCGAUGGAGGAUUAUGAAACAUUGCCACUAACAAAAUGGAACAUUAAACAACCAAGCAUUACUGAAAAUCAAGAAAACGCAUUAGAAACAGGUGGAUUAGAUUUAGUAAUUUUACCAGGUGUUGCUUUCACGGUGAAUGGAAAACGUUUGGGACAUGGAAUGGGUUAUUAUGAUAAAUACUUAAAAAGGUGUUUUCAAAAAAACAUAAAGCCAUAUUUGGUUGCGGUAGGAUUUAAAAAACAAAUACAAGAAGACAUUCCUGUUAAUGAGAAUGAUGUGCCUGUUGAUAUCGUACUUACUGGAUAACAAAUA